UUGCUGGGCUCUGAACUUAGUCACUCUGGGUAUUUUACAAAUCUGGAACCAGCUCCAAAUCUGAAAGUCAUCUAUCUUUUCACAUUCCCUCCGAGGCGAUCCUGCUGUCACAUCCCAGCGUUCUCAGCCCGACAUCCCAUGAUCCCCAGACUGUAUGUGAUGCCAUGGAAGCAGGACAUGAAGAACCAAAGGCUCUUGAUGAAGAAUGCAGCUCUGGCAGGGAUCCCUGUGGUUCCUCUGGAGGAGUCGUUGUGCUUCUGUAAUCGGAAGCGUCUCUGCCACAGUCAGGCCUCCCCCUCUCCCUCCUCUCCACCUGUCAGCCAGAUGGGACUGACGGCUCAUCGCUCUUCCCACUUCUCCAGGUACAACAGCUCUGUGGUGACGACCAGGCAGCUCUACCAAACCUGAGGACAUAUCACACAAUUACACAUGAUCCCAUCUGCUUUAUAUUCUGUUUUCCAUCAUAGCUGUGCAUUAAACAUUGUUUAUGUAAGGCAACACUUUAAGUCCCCUGUUUAGCAUUAAAAAACACUGAAGCAAGAUUUUAAUACCAUUAUUUGUAAUGGAGUACUUUUACUUGACUAAAGAAUCUGAGUAUAUCUACUUCUGCAUUCAGCCUGUUCCUGCAGUUCCCAUGUUCUCCACAGGGUGUCAGUGUUCACAAAUGUAAACCAUGACAGUGCUCAUAAUGUGUGGACAGGUAUCAGGUGUGGAGAAACCGACAGAAACACGUCACUGUGGAUCCGUUUUUCUCUCUAUAGUCCACAUUAUUCUGACAGUCUGAGACAACAUGACCCCAGGAUCCGCCUCGGUGUUGUUGCUCUUCAUCUCAGAGCAACGUUCUGCACGUUAAAGGUCGUGGUUUCUACAGACUUUACAAAACUUUAUAUUUGAUACUUGAGUCAUAAUUUGUUUAGUUAAAUGCUCUAAUGCUGUAGUGUGUUAGACGGCAGGUUCUGUGGUGUGCCCCAAGUAUUUAUGGGAAAAUAAAACUAUUAAUUUAUCCUUUAAACACAGAAUAACUAAAAAUGACUGACAUAUAUAAGGAUUUCCUUUAGUUUCUUGCUUCCAAAUAUGAAUAAUUCAUUUACAACCUAAAAAUGUUCCGUUUAUUCACUGAAAAUGUUCUGAUACGUCUCCACAGUGAACCUCAUUAUCAUAUUGUGAAAUUAACAGAAGUAAUCCAGUAAAAGAAAUGGCGACACUGGGAUGCUGAACUCGCAACUUGUAAUCUUAACUUGUAAGUGUAAAGAAGAAUAAAGUCAAACUGGUUAAACUGGUUCCUGUCACUCUGUAGUUGUAUUGUUUCAGAUUGAUUGUCCAGUGUUUGACUUCAACUUCAAACACUUCGCCAGUGAAAGCAGCUGUUGUUCCCUAUGCUAAUGAUGCUGCACGCACACAACCACACACGCGUCUCGUCCUAUGUAUGAAUGUCUUAGUGUGUC